AUCAUUUUUUUCAGUAUAUAUGAUGGGAGAAUCAAACACAGGCACGCAGACCCAAUUCCAUCAUUCAGGAGACAAGACGUCAGCUCUGUUGGACUUGAGAAAGCAUGCGCUCACUGGCUCUCUUCCUGACCUUUGCGGUCUUCAGCCUCGCUUCCCCUCACCUCAACGACCAAUGGGAAGCAUGGAAGGCCGAGUUCCAGAAGGUGUACACCAAUGAGGCGGAGGCAUUGUACAGAAGGGCCGUGUGGGAGAACAAUUGGAGGAUGGUGAGGAGGCACAACCUGGAGGCCGAGGCCGGGAACUCCACCUUCACCCUGGGCCUGAACCAGCUGGCUGACAUGACCACAGACGAAGUGAACGCAAAGCUCAACCGUCUCACGGAGGAAGACCCCGCCAGCUUCGACAGCUGGACCUCCACACGAUGGGACAAGGGGGUCGAGAAACUCCCAGAGAGUGUGGACUGGAGACAGUACGGUCUGGUGUCUCCUGUCCAAAGCCAGGGGCAAUGUGGCUCCUGCUGGGCCUUCAGCGCCGUGGGGGCCCUGGAGGGCCAGAUGGCGAUGAAGACCGGGUUCCUGGAGCCCCUCAGCCCCCAGAACCUGAUGGACUGCAGCCUCGAGAACCACGGCUGUAACGGGGGCUGGGUCUCCAAGGCCUUCCAGUACGUCAUCGAUAACGACGGCAUCGACUCCGGGAGAUACUACCCCUACGAAGAGAAGGUCGGAGAUUGCCGGUAUUCGUCCAGAGGAAGAGCUGGCUACUGCGUGUCUUUUGCCGCUGUCCCGAGGGGCAAUGAAAUGGCCCUGCAAGCUGCCGUGGCAAAGGUGGGGCCUGUGUCGGUCGCCAUCAACGCUGGAUUGCCGUCGUUCCAUCACUACAAAGAAGGCGUGUACGAUCCACCAGACUGCAGUACUGAGACCACCACCCAUGCUGUACUGGUGGUGGGCUAUGGCACAGACCAAGGACAAGAUUACUGGAUUGUGAAAAACAGCUGGGGUUCUAGGUGGGGAGAGCAAGGGUAUAUCCGCAUGGCCAGGAACAAGAAUCUCUGUGCGAUAGCGCGCCGUCCCAUCUACCCUAUAGUUGGUAACUGAUCGGGGUCCCCUUGUGGUCGUUCCAGCAUCCAACAGCCUCACAAAGAAAUGUUAUGCUGAAUACGAUAAAUGGUUUUGAAUGUU